AUGGACCUCCACAUCUGGCGAGGAUCCCUCGCAUGGACCUCCACAUCUGGCGAGGAUCCCUCGCAUGGACCUCCACAUCUGGCGAGGAUCCCUCGCAUGGACCUCCACAUCUGGCGAGGAUCCCUCGCAUGGACCUCCACAUCUGGCGAGGAUCCCUCGCAUGGACCUCCACAUCUGGCGAGGAUCCCUCGCAUGGACCUCCACAUCUGGCGAGGAUCCCUCGCAUGGACCUCCACAUCUGGCGAGGAUCCCUCGCAUGGACCUCCACAUCUGGCGAGGAUCCCUCGCAUGGACCUCCACAUCUGGCGAGGAUCCCUCGCAUGGACCUCCACAUCUGGCGAGGAUCCCUCGCAUGGACCUCCACAUCUGGCGAGGAUCCCUCGCAUGGACCUCCACAUCUGGCGAGGAUCCCUCGCAUGGACCUCCACAUCUGGCGAGGAUCCCUCGCAUGGACCUCCACAUCUGGCGAGGAUCCCUCGCAUGGACCUCCACAUCUGGCGAGGAUCCCUCGCAUGGACCUCCACAUCUGGCGAGGAUCCCUCGCAUGGACCUCCACAUCUGGCGAGGAUCCCUCGCAUGGACCUCCACAUCUGGCGAGGAUCCCUCGCAUGGACCUCCACAUCUGGCGAGGAUCCCUCGCAUGGACCUCCACAUCUGGCGAGGAUCCCUCGCAUGGACCUCCACAUCUGGCGAGGAUCCCUCGCAUGGACCUCCACAUCUGGCGAGGAUCCCUCGCAUGGACCUCCACAUCUGGCGAGGAUCCCUCGCAUGGACCUCCACAUCUGGCGAGGAUCCCUCGCAUGGACCUCCACAUCUGGCGAGGAUCCCUCGCAUGGACCUCCACAUCUGGCGAGGAUCCCUCGCAUGGACCUCCACAUCUGGCGAGGAUCCCUCGCAUGGACCUCCACAUCUGGCGAGGAUCCCUCGCAUGGACCUCCACAUCUGGCGAGGAUCCCUCGCAUGGACCUCCACAUCUGGCGAGGAUCCCUCGCAUGGACCUCCACAUCUGGCGAGGAUCCCUCGCAUGGACCUCCACAUCUGGCGAGGAUCCCUCGCAUGGACCUCCACAUCUGGCGAGGAUCCCUCGCAUGGACCUCCACAUCUGGCGAGGAUCCCUCGCAUGGACCUCCACAUCUGGCGAGGAUCCCUCGCAUGGACCUCCACAUCUGGCGAGGAUCCCUCGCAUGGACCUCCACAUCUGGCGAGGAUCCCUCGCAUGGACCUCCACAUCUGGCGAGGAUCCCUCGCAUGGACCUCCACAUCUGGCGAGGAUCCCUCGCAUGGACCUCCACAUCUGGCGAGGAUCCCUCGCAUGGACCUCCACAUCUGGCGAGGAUCCCUCGCAUGGACCUCCACAUCUGGCGAGGAUCCCUCGCAUGGACCUCCACAUCUGGCGAGGAUCCCUCGCAUGGACCUCCACAUCUGGCGAGGAUCCCUCGCAUGGACCUCCACAUCUGGCGAGGAUCCCUCGCAUGGACCUCCACAUCUGGCGAGGAUCCCUCGCAUGGACCUCCACAUCUGGCGAGGAUCCCUCGCAUGGACCUCCACAUCUGGCGAGGAUCCCUCGCAUGGACCUCCACAUCUGGCGAGGAUCCCUCGCAUGGACCUCCACAUCUGGCGAGGAUCCCUCGCAUGGACCUCCACAUCUGGCGAGGAUCCCUCGCAUGGACCUCCACAUCUGGCGAGGAUCCCUCGCAUGGACCUCCACAUCUGGCGAGGAUCCCUCGCAUGGACCUCCACAUCUGGCGAGGAUCCCUCGCAUGGACCUCCACAUCUGGCGGACCACUAACGCGGUCGCGCCAAGCGCUUCAACAGCGCCUCCUUCGCGGAGGUGCCCAGUCAGAUCCUGGACAGUCUGGUCCAGCUGCGCUACCGCAACGCCUCCCGGCGCGUGCGCUCCCAGCACGGGUAGCAGGAGGAAGGCGAGCUGCGCUGCCGCUGCCAAGCAAUCAGCUCGCGCCAUCGGAUCGAGAAUGCUCCCUGGGUUCCGGAGGAUGGCGAAAUGCGAAUUCACCAGAAUCAGUGUCAGGGCCUGCUGGCACUCCACCAAGCGCCACAGCUGCGCGAGAGUCGCCGUGGGAACUUCAGCCGUCCCGGUCAGCCUCGCCGCAGCGGGAACGGGAAGCGCUGGCGAAGGGGGCACAGUCGGAACUUCAUCAACGCGACACGGAGGGCGGAAGGGCCCCCUCGCCUCUCCGCCUCCCGCUCCCACAAAUCCCGUGCCAGGAACGGGGGGAAUCCAUGGAAGAGGGGGAUACGGAGCAGCGGCGACCGGACGAGAUGCGGGUGGUGGUGCACGGCCAACACCUGGGCCUAGACCCUGCGGGUACGCCUGAGCACUCGGCGCAGGAACCGCGGGUGGAGCAGGAGGAGCCUGGGCAGCCACAGGAGCAGAGGCGUGCGCUGCCGCGGCAGCAGCCAGCGAGCCGCCAGGAUUCGACGCACUGUUCAGUGCCUCGCGCAUCGCCGCGGCCAACAUCCCAGGGAAGUCGUCGCGUAGCUGCUGCAUCUCGCUCGGCGCCUCACGUCCGCGACCGUGACCUCCCCACCAGCCACCGCGGCCACCGCGAUGCGAAUUCCGGUACGAUGGGGAGGGGCGACGUCGAGGAGAACCACGCCCCCGAUGCGCCGCCGCACUGCCCCCAGCAACACCACGACUGUGGGACUCCGCGCGCUGCUGCGCGACGGGCUGUACCGGCGCAGACGCAAGUGCGACCAGGUGCGCGGGGUCAUGGGCGGCUCCCACCGCUGUCUCCUGCGCAGGGACACCAGCAGCAGCUUGUACAAGCAGCGACGCCGCAGGCGGCUGCGGCGCAACAGGAGCGGGCGCACCAGAGGCAGGGGCACCGAGAGGAAGUGGGAGGCUCGGCGGGGGAGCAGACGCCGGUUGGACAAGGGCCGUUGACGGGGCAGCGGCGGCAGGAGGAACCGGGGGGGCAGUUGGAGCCUCAACGGCAGGUGCAGCAGGAGCCGGAGGCGGGGCAAGCACGCUCUCAGCGGUGUGACCUUGGUCCACCACCGACCUCGCCGCUUCUGUCACCAUCUCGGCGAACGCGUCGGCAGCAGGCAUUGGAGGACGCACGACUGCCCGCGACCAUCUCCACAGCUUCGAACCACUUCUGCCAACCCUGCCACCGCUGCCAACCUUCCCGCCAAUCCAAACCUGACACCACCACCUGCAACUACACCACGAACCACAGUGAGGGGUAA